UGAAUGAUGAAAUAUAGCCCAGCCAGGUAUUAUGGCACAUUCUUAGUCAACAGUUGCAGAUAAUUUUGUGACAUUGGUCUUACAGAACCUGAGCACCACCAUAGUGAUGGAUGUGGGUCACAGCCUCAACCCAGCCAUCGACAUCGGGCAGGUGGAGGGGGCGUUCAUGCAGGGUCUGGGACUUUUCACGCUGGAGGAGCUUCACUAUUCGCCCCAGGGUGUCCUCCUCACUCGGGGCCCAGGUUCUUAUAAGAUUCCAGCCUUCGGUGACAUUCCCACCAGACUCACGGUGUCGCUGCUCCGCGAUGCGCCAAACGACAAGGCCAUCUUCGCCUCCAAGGCUGUAGGCGAGCCGCCUUUGUUCCUGGCGUCAUCGGUUUUCUACGCCAUCAAAGAUGCCAUCAGUGCCGCCCGGGCAGAGUCGGGCAUCAGCGGACCGUUCAGGCUGGACAGCCCCGCCUCCGCUGAGAGGAUUCGCAACACCUGCAUUGACCAGUUCACCAAACUG